AUGCCGUUGAUAGACAUGGGCGAGAAGUUCAACCUGAUGCAGAUUGGCCCCAAGGACCUGCGGCGCCGUUGGGUGGAGUCGAUAGAGAGGCGGCAUGGCCGUCGCGUCAUGUCGAGGCUCGAGCACCCGAUGGGCGAGCAUGCGCAGUUGUGGGCAAAGGCCUCGCGGCAGUGCGCUGGCGCUCAGGCGGCGGCCGUGGCGGAGGGGCCUUGGGCAUCCAGCUCGAGGGCCCGCUGGCCAGGAGUUUCGCGGGCGCGCCAGGCCAAGUUCGACAUGCAGUUGGCAGGAGUUUCUUCUCGUUUGGCGCGCGGGGCGCCGCGUGAUGCGCCGGGGCGCGGGUUCUUCGAACGUCGCGAGGCGACGGCGCCUGCGGACGAUGUCGAGGUCGCAGGAGAAGUAGCGCCUGCGCCUGAGAAGUCGGUGGAGAUCCGCGACUUCGCGCGCGACGAGGGGCUGCAGAUGUUCUUCGACGCUUUCGAGGUCACAGCUGGCGCGCCGAUCUACUCCUGGGGUGACUGGAGCAGGGCAGAGGAGAAUUUCGGCAACGUCGUCUACACCGACGGCUCAGGGCAAGAGGCGCCCAUUCCACACAUGAG